ACGUUUACAUUUGCAAACGUCAGUCAUUUUUAUUUCAGUGUGAGGCCCGUUGUCGGUAAAACGGAACGUGAGGAAGCAAUCCAUCAAUCCAGCUCAGUUUCUGUUACGCAUUGUAGGUGUCCCUGGUUUCCUCCUUUCGCGUGUUGCAAAAACACGAACAUGGAUGUUAGACAGCCUUUAGUUUUAGCUGCCGGAGUUGGAGUGGGCCUUCUUACUGCCGCGGCUGCCUACAAACUUUACAUGACAUCUUUGCAGAUGAAGAAUUCCAAGCAAUUAGUUAAGGGGUGGAAGGCGUGUGGCGUAGUAAGUCAAAUCCACAUUUUCCCCAUCAAAUCAUGUCAAGGAAUACAAGUGAAGGAGGCUGAUGCUUGUGAAAUGGGCCUCGUCAAUGGAGAACUGCAGGACAAGUCAUUUUUGGUUGUCAACGAAAACAACAAUUUUUUGCAUGCUCGGAUUCAUCCAACAAUGCUCUUGAUUAAGGUGUCCAUCAGUGGAAACAAAGUAGAAUUGACAGCACCCAGCACAGAACCAAUUACAUUUCCAAUUCUUCCUCAAUCAGGAACAAAAGUCAAAGUUAGGGUUUGGGGAGAUGAAGUAGCUGCUUUUGAUUGUGGUGAUCAGGCAGCUCAUUGGUUAUCACAAUACAUUUUCCAAAAAGAUUCCGGUGCGAGACUGGUUCAUUUACCGUACAGUCACGUGUCUCCUCGCCCUCUGAAACCCAAAUCAUGGCUUCCCUGGAUGAGGAAAACAGACGGGGCGGUGUUUUCCGAUUUGACUCCAUUCCACCUACUAUCCACCGAGUCCGUUCAAGAUUUGAAUUCUCGGCUAUCGGACGGGAAAGAAGUCUCAACACUUAACUUCCGCCCAACCAUCACCAUCAGCGGAUGCCAGCCUUACGAGGAAGAUGAAUGGAGAUUUAUACGUAUUGGCGAGAAAGCUGUAUUCCGCUACGUCAAGGGUUGUGAUCGAUGUCUAUUAACUACGAUUGAUCCAGCAACUGGAAUCAAAGACCCUGAACAAGAACCGUUACGAACUUUACGAAAAUAUCGUCUGGCGGAGGAUCCCGAGUUGCGUAGGGGCAUCGGUGAGGCCCCCCUCUUGGGAAUCAAUUUAUCUCUGGACCAACCGGGCCGGAUCCGUGUAAGUGAUGUUGUCUACGUCGGCCAACUGUAAGUUACAAUGCCAUCGAAGCAUUCCGCAGCUGCUCCACUCCUUGGAUUGGUUUUUCGCUUUUCAAUCUUUAUGCGUUGAAAUUGGUUGCAGUUACAUGUUAUCUAGUUCUGUAUUCAAAGUUUAGCAAGCUGA